AUGCAAACUCAGAAGAAAUUGAAAGAUAAGUUCAAACUAAAGAUCAGCAAAUCCAUUUUCGUGCAUGAAUGCAAGGGAUAGAUAAAGUCAAAAUAUAGAGUACUAGAAAAUAUUGGGAAGGGUACUUAUGGCCAAGUAAAAAAAGUAUUACAUAAAGCAACUGGCGAGUUAAGAGCAAUGAAGAUUAUCAAAAAAGGACAAGUCAAUGAUGAAUUUAUGAGUAUACUAAUGAAUGAAAUAGAAAUACUGAAACAACUGGACCACCCUAAGAUAGUGAGGAUAUUUGAAUUUUACUAAGACAGAGAAAACUUCUUCUUGAUAACGGAACUGAUAUAAGAUGGAGAUCUGUCAAAUUUAGUUAAAAAGUAAAAGAAGUUUGACGAAAAAUAAACAAUAACCAUUAUUAAACAGCUGCUACUUGCUAUAGUUUACUGCCAUACUAAGAAAAUAGCACAUAGAGACCUGAAACCAGAGAAUCUGAUCCUAGAAGACAAAGAAAAGCUGUAAGUGAAGCUUAUUGACUUUGGAACUUCGAUAAGAUUCGACCUGAAUAAAAUGGACUAUCGAAUAGGAACACCACAUUAUAUGGCACCAGAGGUAAUAACAAAAGCAUAUGACGAAAAAUGUGAUAUUUGGAGUAUCGGAGUCAUUGCCUACUAUUUGCUUGCUGGUAUUCAUCCAUUUAGAGGAAAGAACCAAAAUGAUAUUUUUAAAGAGAUUAAAGAGUACAAGCUAAGUUUUGGUGGAUAAGAAUGGAGAGAAAUUUCAACAGAGGCAAAACUCUUUAUCAAAAGGUUAAUGAGUUUGAAUCCAAAGGACAGGCCAAGGCCAGAAGAGGCAUUGCUUGACUAGUGGAUCAUGAAUGGUGAGAGCAGCUAUCCUAAAAAGAAAUAGGUCAUCGAGAGGAAUAAUCUAGUAAUAUCUAAAAUGAUAAGAAAUACCAAUCAAAUUAAGAUCGAAAAAAAGCUAUAAUAAGCUAUAUUAUCUUACUUUGCUAACUAUAUGAACUCCGAUGAAAAUAAAAGAAUAAUUGAGGAGAUAUACUUUGCAUUCGACUCAAAUAACGAUGGUAUCAUAGACCAGAAAGAGUUGGAGCUAGCCCUCCUCGCUCAUUAUGAUGGGAAUUCUGACCUUGCUCAUAUUAAAACUAUGGAAUUCUUAGAAAAGCUUGACCUUAAUGAAAACGGAGACAUUGAAUACUCUGAAUUCAUGAUAACCUCGAUUGAAUCAUAAUAAAUAAUGCAUGGAGAUAUAAUUUAGGAAAUGUUUGAGGUCUUUGAUCUGAACCAAUCUGGAGAGAUAUCUUCUGUAGAGCUUAGGAAGGUUUUGGGGAAUAACCUUAGAAAAGGUGAAAUAGAAGAUAAUGAAUGGGAUGAAAUCGUUAAUGAGAUAGAUUCAAAUGGAAACGGAUACAUUACUUUUGAGGACUUUAAGACUACGAUAAUGAAUUUAUUCAAAAGGGAUGAUCCGAGGUCCAAAUUAAGUAGGCUAGUUGACUUCUAAGAUGUUUCACAAGCUAAAGCAGGAAUUAAUCGAUAGCUUACAGCAAAUGAUAAAGUUAAUCCAGAUUUCAACAUAAUCGAGCAACAUCAUGAUCCAAAUGGGAAUAUAGUAGACACUUUCUUAGAAGCUAAGAUAGAUAUCUCUAGACUUGAUGAUAUCUUUAGUUUUACCUACAGCUUUGACAAACUGCAAGCAAUACUCAAAGUUCUUAUUCAACAGCAGAGAGCUCAUUCAGAUCACAUAAACUCUCUCUACAAAUAAACAGCUUUAAUGGAUAAAUUUCGUUAGGAUUAGAAACAGAUUAAAGACAAUAUAAAAAGUUUAGGAGAAAAAUUGAAUAAUCAUGAUGAUUCUUUAUUCAACAUAAAUAACAACGUCUCAAAUAUAAAAAUCAACUUGGAUGACACUUCAACUUCUCUAGAGAAUACCAAGCGAGAUCAAGAUAAUUAACUAGAAAGAAUAGAAAAGCUUGAAAAUGACUAGAUACUAAUGAAAGAUGAUUACGAAACCAAUAUAUAAGGGGUUAAGGAGGAAUUAGUGAGCGUAAAAGAUAAUUAUUUGAGCAAAAAAUAACAUGAAGAGAAGAAUCAAGAAAUGAAAAAGGAGUUAUCGAACGAUAUCAAAAGUAAUGAAGACGAAUUAAAGAAGUUACAAACUAGAGUAAAGGAGCUUGAAAAUUCUGUACCCACAAUGAGAAUAGAUGUUGAUGCUAACAUUACACAAAUAAAGGACAUGAUGGAAAAGAUCGGAUAAAUUGAUACCAGUGUAGAUAAGCAUAGAUCGGAUAUAUCCCUUCACACUAGAAACUUAGACGAUAACAUGGGAUUAAUAAAGGAAUUACAAAGAAAACUUCAAGAAAAAGUUGGCUGUGAUAUUUUUGAUAAGGAAAUUAACUAUCUCAAGAGUCUUCUUACUCAUCUUAGAAACAAGUAGCAAGAUGAUUAGAAGUUCAUGUAAGAGGAGAAAACUAAGAAUACUAGAGAAAUUGGAUCAAAAGAAUUCAAUCUGCUUCGGGAAAUUGAGGAGAAACUCCCAAUGAUUGAGGAUAAAUUGAAGCAACUAAUGGAUGCAAUGCUCAAGAUACCUAGAAUAGAAGACUUUUUGUUGAAACUUAGCUCUUAACUCAAAGAGUUGAAUGUCUCUGAGAUCAUGUAAAAAUUAAAAGAGCUAUAGGAACAUAAGUUAGAUAAAGAUUAAUUCGAAAAAUUCGUUCAUUAGUUCCUAGAUCUAGAGGCCAAAAUGAAAGACUUGUAGAAAAUGAUCUCUAUACUAGACUAAAAGGGAGCUGGUCCUGAUAAUAGUGAUGGAAUCAUGAGCUUGAUAUAGAAAUAGGAGUUAUUAAUCAAGAAAAUUAGUGAUCUUGAGAAAGAAGUAGUAGAGCUAAAAAGAAAUAGUAAGGCUGGUAAUACUAUAUCAAUUAAUGAGCCAGCCAAUUCUCAAGAGAUUAAUGACUUGAAGGAACAGAUUUAUAACAUGAAAAAAGAAAUGGAUCUUAUGAAGCAAGGAUUUGGUAAGUCAAUAAAAGACUUAGAGAAAUAAGUCAAAUUUAAGGUAGACAAUAAUUAGCUAAAUCAACUUGAGAAAGUUCUAAUGGAUUAGCUAAACGAGUAAAUGAACAUUCUAAACAAUAAAAUUGACGAUUUAAAGAAAUUAAAAGCAUAAAUAGCUAAGCUUGAAGCUGCCUUAAAGAAGCUUUAGGACUAUAUCAUGGAAUAGUUAGCUUUACUUUAGAGCAUGAAUCAUGGCAAUUCUAAUGGUGAAGAAGAGGAUGCUAUGUUUUCAAAGAGACCAUUAUUGGGCUACUCUUGCGCAUCUUGUGACAAAGAUAUUCUUAACUUAUCAGGCAGACCUGCUGAUUUCCAUCCUUGGUCCAAAAUGCCAUAAAGAGAUCCUACUGAUAGAAUCUCAAGAGUUGGUCAAGGUUUUUCUAGGAUGCUUUAGCAAGUCAAACCUGAAAUGAUUGAUAAACUGAAAAGAGGUAAGAUGAUGAACUAGACAAUGUAAAAUUUCCUUCAAACAGAAGGUAGUGUAGAUGAAACUAUGAAUGAAGAUUAGUCUAUUGAAGCAGCUAAUAGAUCAGGCCUCAUUAAACCAAUUAGUUCUCAGUCAUAGUAAAGACUUGGAAAGAUACAAAAUAAAACUUAACUUGGCAAAACAUAACCAAUUAAUUCCAAGUAGAUUGGAGCGAAUCCAGGAUCUUAAACAGAGAGAAGCCAUCCUAAUGAUCACUUGAAGCUAUUCAGUGAUACACCUUAAUUCAAAAAGAAUUUGAUAAAAAAUAUCUAGCAUGAACAAAAGCUAAUGAGUGAAAUAGUCUCGCCGCUGAGAGAAAGGGCCUCUAAGAUUUAGUUCAAUGAGAGAUAAUUAGAGAUGUCUAAUACUAAUGGGGAUAUUUAAUACUCUACUUCAGAUAUCUAAGUGCUCACUCAACACCCAACCAGCAAAUCAACAAGCAAAUUACCCCCAGUAUUAAGAUCUAAGACUCCCUAGAAAAAAUAAUGA